UCGUCUCUGAAGUGCACAUCAGUGCGCGUAUUACCGUUGAUCCAAGUCGAGCAAUUAUAAACAAGCCCUCGAGAAUUUUCAACGCUCAUAAUCUCCCGAUAUCCGUGAAUCAGUAUUCAUCAUUAAUUAUCACAUCCGAGAAAAUGAAGAAGCAACUCUACCGGGGUUUCGUCCAAUUAUUAUUCUUCAUAUUCAAUCUCCAACGAUUCGUGGACUGCAGUAUAUGCGAAACGUGCAUUUGCGCUGAAUCAGGUCCCGCUAGGGUAGUAAAUUGCAGAGGAAAACGAUUGGAGGGGAAUAAUAUUUUUCGUUUCGAUUUGCUCAUGUUCGACGAAGAACCGCGUCUAGCUGCUUUGAAUUUAGCGGAAAAUGGCCUGUCCGUACUGCCAGUGGACAUGUUCAGGAAUUUGAAUAACUUGAAAGUAUUGAACUUGUCCGAAAAUUACAUUGAAAAUAUACCGGACGAAGCUUUCGAUCAUCUGCAAUCUUUGGAGGAGCUCGAUUUAUCUAAAAAUAAUCUUACGACCCUUACGAACAGGGUUUUAGAGCGGGUAACGAAUAUCGAACUACUGGAUCUAAGCUCCAAUCGAAUUUCCGAAUUAGAUCCGGCGAUCAAUUUAUUGACCAGAUUAAUCCAUUUGGAUUUAUCUCACAAUAAUUUAGAAAACCUGCCGAACGGGUCUCUGAAGACCCUGACCGAACUGAGACACCUGGAUUUAUCUUUUAACAAAAUAGUUUCGCUAGGCGAGGAUAAUCUUUCGCAUUUAAAUAAUCUCACCAGUCUUCUUUUGAACAAUAAUCAUCUGGUCUAUCUUUCUCCUCAUGAACUUCCCGUCUCCAUAGAACACCUGAAUGUUGGAUACAAUAUGAUUUCAGCGAUACCGAAUACUCUGGUGAAUUUAAAAAUUCUGGAGGUUUAUUACAACGAGAUACGCGAACUAGACGCGGAGACGUUCGGAUUUAGCGAAAUCGAGAGCCUUAAUAUCAGCGGUAAUAAAUUGACGAGCUAUCCGGAUCUUAAAUUAAAGAAGUUGAACGUACUGGACCUGUCUUUCAAUCAGCUACCAACGAUUCCUGAGUCGAUAAGUAACGAAAAUUUGCCAAAUUUGAGCUUACUUGUAAUCAGCGGAAAUCCAAUUCGCGAUUUGAAAUUCAAUUCGGAACUUCGUCUGCGUUCGUUCGUCGCACAGUCUCUCGAUCUCCUCGAAAACAUCGACGAAGGAGCUUUCGCCAAACUUGGAAGUCCCGCAGCUGACGAAUGCCUCAAUUUGACGAUAUCUAAAAACGAAAAACUCACCUUUAUACAAGAAAAUGCAUUCAACGAUCUAAACUUGUGCUCGUUGGAUCUCAGCAGCAACAACCUGAUGAGCGUAUCACCGCUGAUAAUCAACUCGAAAAAUAAUCUUACCAAAAAUUACUCGAUUGAUUUACAAAGCAAUCCGUUUCAUUGCGACUGUUCUUUGCAAUGGAUGCUCUUAGAAUUGCUACCGAAACUUUACACAAUGAAUCCAGAGCUAUUAGAAAAUUUGAGAUGCGCGACCCCGCCUAAUUUGAAAAAUCGGAGGAUGGUUCAUUGGUACAAAUGGAAAGAGGAGGUAUUUUGCGAAGACUCACAGAUACUGGUGUCCAAAUCGAGUGUCCAGACAGCAGGAGUUAUGGAGAGAAAUAACGGAACGAUCAAAAUAGAGUCCAGCACAGGAAUGCUGGCUGCUUUAAUCGGUGCCGCUGUGGUCCUGUCGAUGUUGGUCGCGAUCGGUAUAGUUCUGGCUCGAAGGAUCGCGGUCCGAAGAUCCCGAAGAAACCGGCGAUUUUAAUCCAAUAAGUCGUUCUCGUAUAGUUCAAUGAUACGCCGAUUGUAAUUAAUAUCGUCGGUCGAACGGGUGAAGAAAUUUGGUAGCAAAAUAUCAUCCCCGUAUCGUCUGUGCGAAUUAAUUCCCAACGGAAGAAUACGUAGGAGAUUCCUGUUGACUCUGCGUGCAAAAUGGAAUGGGAAAAAAAAAAAAAAAAAAUAACAACAAAUAAUUAAAACGACGUUUGGUACAAGUCGGAUAAAUGAUUAGGUGAAAAUUCUUAAUGAACAUCGAAUAGGUAUAGUAUAAUUAAUACCAUUACGUAUUUCGUUAGCUGUGAUCAACUCUAAGGAUUUAUACAAAGUACAUAAGACUACCUACUUUUAGUUUCUACAAGAAAUUAUGGUGCUGCAUUAUUCAUUGAAUUAAAAAAAAAGCAUACUACGCUGUAAAUAGGAAUGCAAAAUUAAUUUUAUAGUAUCUAUAGGAUUUAAAGAGAUUAUUGUAUAUAAUUUGUAAUCUACAUUGCUAUCUAUCGAUGUUUUCUUCUCGUGUUAAAAUAUGGAAGAAAAUAAAAGAGAGAAUUUCUAAGCUGAUAGAACUUCUUAACUCAGAGUCAAAAUCCAAAUUGAAAAUAAAAAAUCAGACCAUCCACUGAA